AUGGCAAAAAUCUCGCUAUCUACAUUCAUAUUCUCCAUCCUUGUCCUCAUUUCCACCGCAAGAGCCGCCACAUUCGAGAUCCUGAACCAAUGUAGUUACACCGUAUGGGCGGCCGCUAGCCCCGGAGGUGGCCGGCGUCUAAACUCCGGCCAAUCAUGGACGCUAAAUGUCCCGGCUGGCACGGCUAUGGCACGGAUUUGGGGUCGGACCAACUGUAACUUUGACUCCUCGGGCCGUGGCCGAUGCGAAACGGGUGACUGCACUGGUGGACUUCAGUGUACCGGUUGGGGCCAGCCACCGAACACGUUGGCUGAGUAUGCUUUGAACCAAUUCAACAACUUAGACUUCUACGACAUUUCACUUGUCGAUGGAUUUAACAUCCCUAUGGAGUUUAGCCCAACAAAAUCGAGCUGCCACCGGAUCCUAUGUACGGCGGACAUAAACGGACAGUGUCCAAACGUGUUGAGAGCGCCUGGAGGUUGCAACAAUCCGUGCACGGUUUUUAAAACGAACGAGUACUGUUGUACGAACGGGCAAGGAACAUGUAGGGACACAGAAUACUCAAGAUUCUUCAAACAGAGAUGUCCGGACGCAUAUAGUUAUCCACAAGACGACCCGACCAGCACUUUCACUUGCACUUCCACUGACUACAGGGUCGUGUUUUGUCCAAGGGCUAGGCUCGUUACUACUGAAAGUGAGAUCCACCAGCUCCCGAUCCAGAUGGUCACCGAGGAGCAUUAA